AUGGAACUGAGCAAGCAGGAGGAAUAUACCUAUAUAUAUAAAGAUCUCUCUCAUCCCAUGGAGUUCUUAGAUGCAUUCAGAACAUUCUACCUUGAAGGUUUAUUCACUGAUAUUACUCUACAGUGUGCAGCGGGUGUGACUUUCCAUUGCCAUAAAGCUGUGUUAGCUGCUUGCAGCAACUAUUUCAAAGCCAUGUUCACCUCUGACAUGAAAGAAAAGUCAAAAAACCAGAUCAAACUUUCUGGGCUCAGUCCCACAGUACUGGAACCCUUGGUGAUUUAUACAUACACGUCAGAGAUCCAAAUAACAAAGAGAAACGUUCAAAGCCUCCUCCAAGCUGCAGAUCUCCUUCAGUUUACUUCAGUCAAAAAAGCCUGUGAGCAGUUUCUGAUAAGGCACUUAGACAUUGACAACUGCCUAGGGAUGCACUCCUUUGCAGAAUAUCAUGUCUGUUCAGAGCUAGAGAAGGAAUCUAGAAGGAUAUUAUUAUCUAGAUUUGACGAAGUCUGGAGGCAGGAAGAAUUUCUGGAAAUCAGCAGUGAGAAACUCCAGUUUAUUCUCUCCAGAAAGAAUCUUGGCAUUUGGAAAGAAGAGGCAGCAGUAGAGUCCAUUAUUAAGUGGAUAGCCUAUGAUGUUGACAAAAGAACUGAGUACAUUUACGAUCUCCUGAGCUGUCUUGAAAUAGCUUUAGAUGAAAUGUAUUUGAGAUCAGCCCUAAGCUUGCACAAGAAAUGUCGGCUGAAUGAAAACAAGAUCAGGUCUCUAAUACACAAUGCACUAAGUCUCAAUCCAAAAGUAACUUGUGCACGGUCUACAGCCGUUAUGUAUGUGAUUGGAGGGUAUUACUGGCAUCCUUUAUCUGAGGUGCAUGUUUGGGAUCCAGUAACCAAUGCUUGGAUCCAAGGAGCAGAUAUGCCAGACCACGCAAGGGAAAGUUAUGCAGUUACUAGUCUGGGACCCAGCAUUUAUGUGACAGGGGGCUAUCGGACAGACAAUAUAGAAGCUCUUGAUAUAAUGUGGAUAUACAACUGUGAAGCUGAUGAAUGGACUGAAGGCUGCCCUAUGCUUAAUGCAAGGUAUUACCACUGUGCAGUUACCUUGAAUGGCUGUAUCUAUGCUUUAGGCGGUUACAGAAAAGGGGCUCCAGCUGAAGAAGCAGAAUUAUAUGAUCCUUUAAAAAAGAAAUGGUUCCCUAUUGCAAACAUGAUUAAAGGGGUUGGAAAUGCCACAGCCUGUGUCCUGAAUGAAGUAAUCUAUGUCACUGGAGGUCAUUAUGGCUAUCGGGGAAGCUGCACUUAUGACAAAGUUCAAAGCUAUCACUCUGAUAUUAAUGAAUGGAACAUAAUUACCACCAGUCCAUAUCCAGAAUAUGGAUUGUGUUCUAUUGCAUUGGAAAAUGAUCUAUAUCUUGUGGGUGGUCAAACUACAAUCACCAAUUGCUAUGAUCCAGAGCAAAAAGUGUGGAAACAGAAGGCUGAUAUGAUAGAACGAAGGAUGGAAUGUGGUGCAGUUGUCAUAAAUGGAUGCAUCUAUGUAACGGGGGGCUAUUCCUCUUCCAAAGGAUCAUAUUUGCAGAACAUUGAGAAAUAUGAUCCUGAAUGCAAUACAUGGGAAAUUGUGGGCAAUCUUCCCAGUGCUAUGCGUUCACAUGGUUGUGUCUGUGUAUACAAUGUGUAAGAGUAGAAUACUACUUCUGGGACAAGAAACUUAUUAUAUAGGGGAGCAUAGCACUGCAGGAAGAUGACCUACCAGGUACACCAGACUUUUCCUAUGGAAGAAACAUGCCUUCCAAUAACUAGGUAACAC